AUGUCAAAACCGAGACUGGAAAGAAGUAAAAGUAUCGUAAUUGAUGUCCCCAAAGACUAUGAUAAAAAAGAUGAGGAAUCCAGUAAAGAGGGGCCUAAAUCUGGAGAAAAAGUACACGAGGGAUUAGAAUUACUUGAGGAUAUGAAAGUUAAAGAUGAUAUAGAAAGAAGUAUACAAAGUUUAGAUCAUGAUACACCUGAAGAAAUUGCCAAAGAAACCGAAUUAAUUACUGAGAGGAUGAAUAAACUUGACGUGUUGAUCACCAUCGGACUUUACUACACAUCGUUGAUCAUGGAUUGGUUAACAUUACUCGGGGAAUCCAAAUCUGCAACUGACUUCAUUUAUACCCUGUUCUUGGGAAGUUUUAAUAUAAAGGAUUGGGAUUUUUCGGAAGGAGAGUUGUCAUUGGUAGCAAAGAUAAGCGGCAUGACAACCACGUUACAAACCGGAGUAUUUAUAUUUAGUGGGUUGAUAAAUUUAGGAGCAAAGGUAUUAAAUAAAGAGCCACCAAAGUUCGUAGGGGGGCCAAUGUAUUACGGGGGACCAUUUCAAAUAAUUUUCGCACUAAAGUCUCAGGCAAAAGAUUACACGGCUUCGAUCAAAAGUUUAGACGCUCAAAUAUCUCAAUGGUUAGGAUUUUUAAGUCAAGUAAUGAUCAUAGUGGCCGCCUGUUUUGCUGCUUUUAACAGAGUGCAAGCUUUAGAUCCCUUCAUGUUCGCUGAUGAAAGCAUGAUCGGUCACGGGUACUCUCCCGAACACAAUACCGAAGAUCAAUUCGGUAAAGUGAUUUCUCCUACAAAUACAACUCAGGUCACGAUGGCGAUUCAACAUGCUGCCUUAUUUGCCAAAGCUACUUAUAUGGUCUCGAUCACUGCCAUCAUCAUGACCUCCCUCUUAAACAUUAUUCAAUGGUUGGCCGAUGUUUGGAGAGUUAAUCGAGAUGAACUCAUCAUUUACACCAUAUUCAAGGUCCUUACGAGAGCAUUAUUAUGUCAACCCUGCUUUGGUGAUAAAUGGUUAAGGAAGGGAAUGAAGGGAGGCAAUAGAGGAUUGCCUGGAGUCUUACCGCCUUCAGUGAGUUCCUCGCCAUCAAAAUUAUCACCAAUCCCAACUUCUUCGCGAGGUUUUAAUGAAAAAUCUCGUGAAAGUUUGGUCUCUUUACCAACCGAACAAGAAAACCAAUCGUCGUUGUCCCUUUCAUCGAAAAAUUUGGGAAGAGCUAAAUCAGUGAAAAGAAAGAAAUAA